AGACAUGGGUAUGAUGAAAUUAUAGAGAAUCUAAAAUUGAAUCUUCAGACUUAUACAGAAGAGGAGACACAACGGCGUCAACGAGAUGCUAACACAAUACAAGAAUUGACAAAAAAAGUUCAACUAAUGGAAAAUGUAUAUCGCGAGAAUACGAAAGAAACACUUCAGCUCAAAAAAGAUAAAAUGACAGAAGAGCGAAGAGUUAAUGAAAACUUAACCUCAGUGUUGCAAGAAUUGGGUGAUAUAAAAGUUAAAUAUCGCAAAGAGAAAGAAAGAAAUGACACGGUCGAGCGAGAAGUCGAAUCAAGAAUACUUUCAAAAUACGAUUCUUCGAUUAAUGAACUUAGACGACAAAAUGAACAGUACGAAAGGGAGAUCAAAUCAAUUAAAACCGAGAAAGAACAAAAUGAAGAAUCUUCAAAGCGUAAAAUUGAAAUCCUUCAGAAAAGGGCUGAAACGCUUACAGCCAAUUACAAUAACAUGAAAAGGCGGCGAAAUCACGAUUUUGAAGGAUUUUCAAAUGACAUCACGAUGUUGAGAAAACAGCUUAAGGGAUUAGAAAAGCUGAUAUUGAAAUAUGCUCCAUAUGAUGAUCAGGAGUACCAUUUAAUGAAUAUAGUCAAAGAAACCGGUGGACAGAUAGGUAAAGUUUCGGAUGAAUUACGAACGCUAAAGGUAAGCAUUUUUACGUGA